CUUCCUGCAAAGGGGACCUUUUACAUUAUUUUUGCAGAAGUUAGUAAAACCGAAUCUGACAUCACCACCUAGCAGCCCGUGGAGCUGGCGAGCGGUUUGGUCUUAGGGUGACAGAGGAGGAAAUUGCUCCCCGCCCGACAAGACGGACGCAUGCGGUUUCCCAGGAACACGGCUGCUUUCCAGAGAUGACCAUGUACCUGUGGCUUAAACUGUUGGCCUUCGGCUGUGCCUUUCUGGACAUCGGUGCAGGAGAUAAUACAACAGUCCCUUCCACUCCUGGACCGAACGCAGCAGAAAAGUCCAGCGCUUGGUCUCCAGGUGACCUCUUACCUGCUCGCACCACUCCAUCCUCACCCGCAAGCAUCUCUGAACGAGAAAGCGACUCCUCAGAGCCCACGCCGCCCCCGAGUCCAGGCGCGCCCUCCGCAGAGGCGCCCCCGCAGCCCCCGGAGAAUGCUAGUAGCCCUGAGCUGACGGGGUGGCACCGAGGUGUGACUCCAACCUUGCCGCCUCACCUCCCCACGCACGCAGACUCGCAGACACCCGCUGCCGGACUUGACCCUCAGACUCCCGGCGGCCAGGCUCCCCUUCCCUCACUCACCCCCGCACCGCGCGGGAAGGAGACACCAGAUUCGAGCCUCACGACCGCUUCGCCACCCACUCAGAGCCUUGCAACAAACACUGACCUCAACAUCACUGCCGCAACAAUAGCUUCUCCUGCACCUGCACCUAAGCCGACGUGUGAUGACGCGUAUAGAGAUGUCUCUGUGGCUUACCAGUUGGAGACCGGGAGAAAAACAUUCAGUGCUGAAGUGAAAUGUCAGCCUACGCCGUGUCCAGAGGAGAAGCUCUCAAACCUGUCCGCCUGCGACACCAUCACGGUCAAUUUAACUGGUGACUCGUGUGAGUCAGCUAAGAAGUUAGAACUACAUGUGCCACCAGAUCCUGAAAGUUUUUCGUUACAGUACUGUACAGAGAUGAAAAAAGCAAAUACUUCUAUUUGUUUAACUUGGGUACAAACUAGAGAUUUUAAUUGUGAAGAACAAGACAUUCGUUACCUGUUUCAAUGUGGUAACAUUAGUCAAGAGGGAGAGAGAUUUGAAUAUGACAACUUUAAACCCAACAGUAAUUAUACUUGUGUUGCAACAAUAUUCUAUAAUGACCAUACUGUUACUGAGAAAAAAGAAAUCAUUCAAACAGAUUUUGGAGUGCCAGAAGCGCCUCGGACACUUGAGUGCAAGGAAAAUGAUGCGAACAGCGCGCUGAUCACCUGGAGCCCUCCUCCCAGUCUAUAUCAUAAUUUCACUCUUUGUUCUUCAUCUUCAGGUUCAGAGUGCUACAACCUGCCUAAAAGUCUGACCGAAUAUUCUCUGCGAGAUUUGAAACCUUACACAGAGUAUAACGUGUCAGUGCACGCCUUUGUGGUGGGGAAAGUCCGGCGUAAUGGAACUUCUAAGAAGUGCAGAUUUAAAACAAUGGAAGCGCCGCCAAGCCAGGUCAGGAACGUCAAGAUCUCCCGGAUGUCAGACAACACUAUGCGUGUGAUCUGUGAUCCGCCUCUGGACUUCAACGGUCCCGGGGAAUGCUGCUACAAGUUGGACAUCAAAACUGGGGGCACCCAGGUUGGAAACAAAUCACAGCGAAAUUGCCUCUUCAUCGUGGAAGAUCUCUACUACUCAACGCAGUACGACUUUGAGAUCUACUUUUACAAUGGGAAAUAUAAUGGACGUUCCACUACUGUUUCUCGAUCAACAUCCUAUAAUUCUAAAGCACUGAUUAUAUUUCUGGUGUUUCUGAUUAUUGUGACAGCAGUUGCCCUGCUCAUUGUUCUCUAUAAAAUCUAUGAUCUGCAUAAGAAAAGAUCCAGCAACUUAGAUGAACAACAAGAACUUGUUGAAAGGGAUGACGAGAAGCAGCUGAUGAACGUGGAGCCCAUCCAUGCAGAUAUUUUGCUGGAAACUUAUAAGAGAAAGAUCGCUGAUGAGGGAAGACUGUUUCUGGCUGAAUUUCAAAGCAUUCCCAGGGUGUUCAGCAAGUUUUCCAUCAAGGAGGCUCGAAAACCCUUCAACCAGAAUAAGAACCGUUACGUCGACAUCCUCCCUUAUGAUUACAACCGUGUGGAGCUGUCUGAAGUCAACGGGGACGCAGGGUCGAACUACAUCAACGCCAGCUACAUCGAUGGUUUCAAAGAGCCCAGGAAGUACAUUGCUGCCCAAGGUCCCAGGGAUGAAAGCGUCGAUGACUUCUGGAGGAUGAUCUGGGAGCAGAAGGCCACGGUCAUCGUCAUGGUCACUCGCUGUGAAGAGGGGAACAGGAACAAAUGUGCAGAAUACUGGCCGUCGAUGGAAGAGACCAGCCGGGAGUACGGAGACAUCACCGUGAAGAUCAGUGAGCACAAGCGGUGCCCCGACUACAUCGUCCAGAAGUUCAUCGUCGCGCACAAAAAAGAAAAAGUGACCGGGAGAGAGGUGGCUCACAUCCAGUUCACCAGCUGGCCGGACCACGGGGUGCCCGAGGACCCGCACCUGCUGCUCAAGCUGCGGAGGAGGGUGAACGCCUUCAGCACCUUCUUCAGCGGCCCCAUCGUGGUGCACUGCAGCGCGGGCGUGGGCCGCACGGGCACCUACAUCGGCAUCGAUGCCAUGCUGGAGGGCCUGGAGGCCGAGGGCCGCGCGGACGUGUACGGCUACGUGGUCAAGCUCCGGCGGCAGCGGUGCCUCAUGGUGCAGGUGGAGGCACAGUACAUCUUGAUCCAUCAGGCCUUGGUGGAGUACAACCAGUUUGGCGAAACAGAGGUGAACUUGUCCGAACUGCAUCCCUAUCUGUCUAACAUGAAGAAGAGAGACCCGCCCAGCGAGCCAUCGCCCCUGGAGGCAGAGUUCCAGAGACUCCCUUCGUACAGGAGCUGGAGGACACAGCACGUUGGAAAUCAAGAAGAAAAUAAAAGUAAAAACAGGAAUUCUUCCGUCAUUCCAUAUGAUUUUAACAGAGUUCCCCUCAAGCACGAGCUGGAAAUCAGCAAAGAGAGUGAGCACGAAUCGGAUGACUCUUCCGACGAUGAGAGUGACACCGAGGAGACCAGCAACUACAUCAACGCGUCUUUCGUCAUGAGCUACUGGAAACCUGAAGUGAUGAUUGCUGCUCAGGGACCCCUAAAGGAGACCAUCGGUGACUUCUGGCAGAUGAUUUUCCAAAGAAAAGUGAAAGUGAUUGUCAUGCUGACGGAGCUCAAGAGCAGAGACCAGGAGGCCUGUGCUCAGUACUGGGGUGACGGGAAGCAGACACACGGAGACAUAGAGGUCGAAAUGAAAGACACCCAGCGCGCUUCCGCGUACACGCUCCGUGCAUUCGAGCUGAGGCACGCCAAGAGGAAAGAUUCCCGGACCGUGCACCAGUUCCAGUACCACGGCUGGAAAGCGGACGAGCUGCCUGCGGAGCCCGGGGACUUGGUGUCUGUGAUUCGGGCUCUCAAACAGAAGCUCCCCGCGAGGAACUCCGCCGAAGGGAACAAGCACCCCAAGAAUGCGCCUCUCCUGGUCCACUGCAGGUGGGUGGGUCUGAGCAGACGGCUCCACGAAUCCUCGUCGUUCUUGACUCCCUGGUCCCCGCUUCCUGUUCGGUCCCACUGAUCCUGAUCCAUCAACCACAGCGGA